AUGGGGAACAACGCGUCCGGAGGGAUGGGGUUCCCGGGUGAUGGGAAGGACGGGAAGAACAAGGAGCAGAAGAAGAAGUGGGAGCCACCGGCGCCCCCACCGCGCGUCGGCAAGAAGCAGCGGCGCAUGCGCGACGUGACGCACGGCCAGAAGCUCCCCGUCGUGACGCCCGCCGCGCGCUGCAAGCUCCGCCUGCUCCGCCUCGAGCGCCUGAAAGACUACCUCCUCCUCGAGGAGGAGUUCGUGCGCGAGCAGGAGCGCCUGCGCGGCGGGCCAGACCGCGAGGGCCGCGGCGAGGACGACCAGAGCAAGCUGGACGACCUGCGCGGGUCGCCGCUGAACGUGGGAACGCUCGAGGAGAUCAUCGACGAGAACCACGGCAUCGUGUCCUCGUCCCUCGGGCCGGAGUACUACGUAGGGAUCAUGUCGUUCGUCGACAAGGCACAGCUGGAGCCGGGCUGCACGGUGCUGCUCCACAACAAGACGCUCUCCGUCGUCGGGCUGCUCCAGGACGAGGCGGACCCGAUGGUGAGCGUCAUGAAGGUCGAGAAGGCCCCGCUCGAGAGCUACGCCGACGUCGGGGGACUCGAGCAGCAGAUCACGGAGAUCAAAGAGGCCGUCGAGCUGCCGCUGACGCACCCGGAACUGUACGAAGAGAUCGGGAUCAAGCCGCCCAAGGGCGUCAUCUUGUACGGCGAGCCCGGGACCGGCAAGACCCUGCUGGCCAAGGCGGUCGCAAACAGCACGUCCGCGACGUUCCUCCGCGUCGUCGGCUCGGAGCUCAUCCAGAAGUACCUCGGCGACGGCCCGAAGCUCGUCCGCGAGCUCUUCCGGAUCGCGGACGAGCAGGCCCCGACGAUCGUGUUCAUCGACGAGAUCGACGCGGUGGGCACCAAGCGCUACGACGCGCACUCGGGCGGGGAGAAGGAGAUCCAGCGGACGAUGCUGGAGCUCCUGAACCAGCUCGACGGGUUCGACUCGAUGGGCGAGGUCAAGGUCAUCAUGGCGACGAACCGCAUCGAGUCGCUCGACCCCGCGCUCAUCCGCCCCGGGCGCAUUGACCGCAAGAUUGAGUUCCCGCUGCCCGACCAGAAGACGCGGCGGCGCAUCUUCCAGAUCCACACGUCGCGCAUGACGCUCGGCGCGGACGUGAACCUCGAGGAGUUCGUGAUGAGCAAGGACGAGCUGUCGGGCGCCGACGUAAAGGCGGUGUGCACCGAGGCGGGGCUGCUGGCGCUGCGGGAGCGCCGGAUGCGCGUGACGCACCAGGACUUCAAGGAGGCCAAGGAGAAGGUGCUGUACAAGAAGAAGGAGGGCAUCCCCGAGGGGCUGUACAUGUGA